GCUGAAGGCCAUGUCGCUCUUAUCAAGGCACUUGACAUCAAGCACAUGAAUCGCCUAGAGAUGCGUGCAGUCGAGGUUAAAUGGCUCGGCAUGCGCCAACAACCUGGGGAAUCUAUUCCUGCUUUUGCUGACCGCGUGGAAGACAUUGCUCACAUCAAGGAAACCCUGUCUGGCGUUUCGGUGUUGGAUGCUCAGAUGAGCGAAAGACUUGCUGAUGGCUUGACUGACGGUGACUCUAUCUUGGCUAAAAGUCUUAUCGAUCCCUUAUUGAAGAUGCCCUAUGAGGAGUUUAAGCAGUCUAUGCUCAGCUUCCUUGAGUCUAUGAACAGUGCGGCACAUCUCAAUUUCCUCAAAGGCUCGUCAAGGUCAUCUCAGCUGCCUCAAAAUCUCCGUCAGUCAUCGCCGAAGCGAGCCGAGGGUAACUCCAAUGCCAGUGAGGGCAAGGUACACUCGACCGUUGCACUGGAGCUGGGUUUGGACAAGGAUGCAUGCAUCCGUUGCGGGCAUGCAGGACAUCGCGCUGGUUCUUGUACUGGUGAUAUUAUAUACCGCCAACAUGACCGCUGUGAUCGUUGUGGCAAACUGAUCAUCGGUGAGACUACCAAAAGUCACAAAUGUGACCGUUCCCGUUUUCGGUGCUCUCGCUGCAACAAAACUGGUCAUCUAUCGGGUGUCUGUCGCUGUGGAUUACGUCCUGUUCGACCGAAUCAGUCAGUUGGUGGAAAGGAGCACACCCGAGCGGCUACCUCAUCUACCGAGGGUGACGCCGACUCGGCGUCACCGAGGAAGCUGUAG